CUGGAUGUUACAAACUUCGUUACCCUGUUCAGGGUAUAAUUACAUAUUAUUUUCAAAAUAUAGAACUGAAGCCACAACCCCUAGUAUAAAAUUUCGGGAAAAAAAUCCAAUUUUUUUUGCAAAUUCCGAUAGUCUAUACCUUUAAUACCUCUAAUAUUAUACUAAUAAUAAGAAACGAAUAUUUUAAAUAAAUCCCAACGAUCACUUUUUUUUAGUGACGGUUACCUCUCUUACAGCAUUUACAGAAGUGCAGUCUCGACUUACGUGCUUUUUUAAAACAUGCGUCUGCUUAAAGCUAAUAUAUUUUGGAUGUAAAGCAAUUACUUUACAAUACUUGUAUGAACAAAAUUUAAUUACUUUUUAUAAUAUAUACUCGUAUUUGAGUAUGUAUAUGGGUGCCUAAAAAUCGGUUAUCAUUUAUAAAGCAGGCAAAACCACAAGCGAAAAGUAAACUUAAUAAAUAGCAAUUGUGUAUUUAGAGUUCAAAUACAUAGUGGUUAACCCUCGUAAAAAUUAUGCGCAAACGAAAGUAUUAGCAAGUCUUAAAUUAAUCCAGGAUUCAAAUUUGACUCAAUUAUUUUAUAUUACAUACAUAGAAUACAUAUCAAACUGAUUUCAACUUAAUAUAAUUAUUAAUUCAAUAAUAACAAGUUAUUACAAUAAUAAGUGCAAUCUAAUUCGGACUUACAUUGAACAAUAAGGGAAUCACCUUACGCGGCUUUUUGGCAUGAGAUCGGUAUGAAACAGCUCCGAAAAGCUAUGAAAGUGGCCAAAAAAACAGGUGAACCGGCGCGGAAAGCCAAAAAUAUAAUCGUGUUCGUUGGCGAUGGCAUGGGUUUAACAACAAUAACUGCUGGACGCAUUUUUAAGGGACAAUAUUUGAAGCACGGCUUUGGUGAAGAGGAAAUGUUGGCGUUCGAUGAGUUUCCCUACACUGGCUUGGCCAAGACCUAUAAUGUGGACAAACAAGUACCGGAUUCUGCGGGCACUGCAACAGCUAUGUUUUGUGGUAUCAAAACUGACUAUGGCGCCAUAGGUAUGGAUAUGACCCGUUCUAAGGUGGAUGCCAACCAGGGUCGAUUAAAAUCCAUAAUGGACUGGGCGCAAGCGGAGGGCAAACGUACUGGUAUCGUAACAACAACACGCAUAACACACGCCACACCGGCAUCCACGUACGCACGCAUCUAUAAUCGCGACUGGGAGUGCGAUACUAAGGUACCCACCGAAUCAGUUGGAAAGCAUGUCGAUAUUGCGCGCCAACUGAUAGAAAAUGCGCCAGGUAAUAAGUUUAAUGUUAUACUGGGUGGUGGUCUUUCGCCAAUGGGUGCUUUACGCGUGAACGAGCCGAACACUGUGCGCUUCGAAGGCGACUCCGAAAAAGUGUGUGCACGAGGAGAUGGUCGCAACCUUGUUGACGAAUGGCUGAAACUGGGCAAAAAUGAUUCACGCGUAUUUGUGCAGUCACAAGCGGAAUUAAGUAAGAUAAACUUUGAGAAAACGGAUCAUUUGUUGGGGCUCUUCCGGAAUAACCACAUCACUUACUCCAUUGCACGUCAAGAAGGUGAACCCUCGCUAAAGGAAAUGACAGAGGCGGCUAUACGCGUGCUGCAGCGGGAUGAUGAUGCGAAGGGCUUUAUGCUGAUGGUGGAAGGAGGGCGAAUCGAUCAAGCGCAUCAUCAGAAUUACGCACGCGCAGCUAUGCGCGAGGUGCUCGAGUUCGAUAUGGCGAUCCAAGCAGCGUUAGAUCUCACAGAUGAUGAGGAAACUUUAAUUCUAGUAACUGCCGACCAUUCACACGCGGUCACCCUGAAUGGCUAUCCAAAGCGUGGAGCGGACAUUCUCGGUUUUGCCAACAAGACCAGCGAACGUGUAGUGUACGAGACAAUAUCUUAUGCCAAUGGCCCAGGAUAUUAUGAUCAUUUAGCAAAUGAGAGCGUCGGUGCAGUAGGCGCUGAAGUUUGGCUGCCACUUGAGAAGUUCACAGCUUUACAACGCAUGUCACCCACAUAUCGUCACCGAGCCACUUUGCCUUUGAAAGACGAGACUCAUGGUGGUGAGGAUGUUAUAGUGUUUGCAAAUGGACCUGGAUCGAAUAUGAUUCGUGGUGUUUUUGAGCAGAAUUAUCUAGCGUACGUUAUGAGUUAUGCCGGUUGCAUGGGUCCUGCCAAAGAUGUGGACGACAGUUGUAAGACGGUACAGAAGCAUAGCUCAAGUGGCUCCAGUCAGGUGGCGCAACACAGUUUUAUAAUUUUGGUUACAUUAUCUUUGUUGAGAUCAUUCUAUUCCUAAAACAAAUUGAGGAAAUAAAGUUGUUUUGUUAUUAGUGA